GUUUAUUACUGUUUUAUGAGAGUCCUUUUUUUUAAACGAGACAGUUCUAUAGCUUUAGUGCAAUAGUUUACAAUAUCUAAAAUGACCGAAAUAGAUGAAUUGAAGACCACUGUAUGGGUCAUAACUGGUAUUCUCAGCGGUGUUUGUGGCCUUCUCUUGUGUGGUCUAAUCGGUGCGUUUGCGUGGAUAUCAAACAUUGCCAAGAAGUUACAAGAUGAAUCUGAUAAACCAAACAACAUGAUAGAUAAACCAAUUAGUUUCAACCGAGGUUUCGAAGAUCAAUUCCAAGGACUCCCCAGAGUGCCUCCGUCGGAUCCGCGACAAGAUUUUGACGAUAUAAACCGAUCCAGGGGAUAUCCCCAACAACAAAUGCCGAGGCACGAGUACAAUGUUCCACCGGUACGAAACAAUCCUCCGCCAGCUCCUCCACCGCCAAUGCCUAUGGGCAUGAACAACAGGAACUUCCCCGACGUUUCCAACAACUUCCCCGGCCAACCUGGAGUGAGAAGGACCAACCCAAUGAGAUAUAACGAUCGUGCCGGAUAUUAAUUGAAGUUCAUCUUUUCAUUGUAAAACCUUGAAUGUAAUAAAUUACUUUUAGUUCA